AUUUACUAAAUCAAUUUUCCUAAAAAAUCACAGAUUGUAUUUCAAAUUCAUGAAAAUCUAAUGUUCUCUUCCGGCUUCCGGCUUCCGGCAUUUUCUGGUGAUGGUCACAUACUCACAUGGUCGAUGGUUUGAUUUGAUGAGCAUUUUCUGGCGCCUCCCGUUGCGUCUUCCCAACAGAUUUGUUUGUGUUUUCGUUCGUUAAGAAUAUUGUGGAACUUCUUAAAGCAAAUAGGAAAUGUUAUUUAAAGAAGCAAGAGAAGGAAGAAUAUAAGAGAAAGGGUUUCCAAAUUACACGGAGCAAGCUGAGGGCAUACCAAGCACAUACCUAACCAACAACAAAAAUUGUUUUUUCGUUCGAGAAGCGGCGAGAGAGACGCACACCGAAAAACAUUAAUUCAAUCGACUGAGAAAUAAACAAUUCGUAACGAGAAAGAAUGUCUUUGGCCGACGAACUUCUUGCCGAUCUCGAGGAGAAUGACGAUGGAGACGCUCUCAUGGAGGAGCCAGAGCCAACAUUUAUUCCGGAUUCGGUUCCCAAAGUCCUGGAAGAGGAGAUAAAGGUGUCCUCUGUUCGAGAGUUGGCCAAACUACGGGAUUCGGAUCAGUUGCAACAAAUCAUGUUGCAAAUUGAGAAACAUGGCAAGGUGCCUAGGAAAUCAACUGAUAUUAUAGGACCUGUGGAAGCAGAUCCAGAAUAUCAAUUGAUAGUCGAAGCCAAUAAUAUGGCAGUAAAAAUUGACAAUGAAAUAGCUAUUAUACACAGAUUUACAAGAGAUAAAUACUCGAAAAGAUUUCCAGAAUUAGAAUCUUUGGUAGUAGGACCAUUAGAAUAUGUAAUGACUGUUAGAGAAUUAGGCAAUGACCUGGACAGAGCUAAAAAUAACGAGACGUUACAGCAGUUUCUCACUCAAGCUACAAUUAUGGUUGUUUCUGUGACAGCAUCGACCACUCAAGGUCAGUUAUUAAUGGAAGAAGAGAAAGAAGCUAUUUGUGAAGCUUGCGAUAUGGCGGUAGAAUUAAACAACUGUAAAUUAAAGAUAUUUGAAUAUGUGGAAAGCAGAAUGGCGUUUAUAGCACCGAACCUAUCGAUAAUAGUCGGUGCAUCAACAGCUGCCAAAAUUAUGGGUGUCGCAGGAGGUCUAACAAAACUUUCUAAAAUGCCAGCUUGUAAUCUCUUAGUUCUUGGCUCUCAAAAAACCACGCUGUCUGGCUUUUCACAAGUUACGACUUUACCUCACACAGGAUUUAUAUACUACUCUGACAUCGUACAAGAAACUCCUCCUGAUUUACGGAGGAAAGCGGCGAGACUGGUAGCGUCAAAGAGCAUGUUGGCGGCGCGAGUGGACUCUUGCCACGAAAGCACGGAUGGUCAUAUCGGCCAGAUGCUGCGUGAAGAGAUCGAGAAGAAGCUGGACAAGCUGCAGGAGCCACCGCCCGUUAAGUUCGUGAAGCCGCUGCCGAAACCGAUCGAUCCCGGUCGAAAGAAGCGCGGUGGCAAGCGCGUCCGAAAAAUGAAAGAACGAUACGCCAUUACAGAAUUCAGAAAGCACGCCAAUAGGAUGAACUUUGCAGAUAUCGAAAGCGACGCUUACCAAGAGGACCUCGGCUAUUCGCGAGGGACGAUCGGCAAGGCCGGCACUGGUCGAAUUAGGCUACCACAGAUCGACGAAAAAACGAAGGUCAGAAUAUCCAAGGCACUUCAGAAAAAUCUGCAAAAGCAACAGCAAUGGGGAGGUAGCACCACGGUCAAGAAGCAAGUGUCUGGUACUGCUUCUAGCGUGGCUUUCACUCCUUUACAAGGUCUUGAAAUCGUCAAUCCGCAAGCUGCAGAGAAAAAGGUGAACGAGGCAAAUGCGAAGUACUUUUCCAACACAGCUGGUUUCUUAAAAGUGAAAAAAACAAUUCCAGUAAUUGAAAUGAGGAUGGAUAAUAACCGGCUACACCCAUCAAGUAAAAAAUGUACCUGCAAUUUUGUAAAUGAUUACGAGUCCACAAUGCAGUGUGUUCAUCGCUUAUCACUGAGUUAGAGAUUGAAUUUUUUGAAUAAUUUGCUUACGUUGAAUAGAAACUAGCGUUUUCGACCGGUCUUGGGUUAAUGGCUUCAAGAGCGAUUAAUGACGUCAUAAAGCCAAUCACAGCCAUUCUUCUGAAGAAUGGAAUAACUGUGAUUGGCCAGUUCUAGAAGAAUAAGAACCUUAAAUCGGUUAACCCAACUCGGUUUUGUCCGGUCGAAAACUCCAUUACAUUUAUUAUUACACUGAUUUGAAAAUAGUCGAUUUCACAUCAAUAUUAUUAUUCAAUGAUAAUUGAAGAUUCAUUAUAAAAAAAAAUGUUUCGACUCGUAUCAUUGUUUUGUCGCAUGAAUUGUCGGUGAAUUCCUUUAUAUUAUUAUUGAGAAAAUUAGAAAAUGGCAAUGAAAAAUAGAAAUAAAAUAGAGGUACAUAAAUUAAUACAUAGAUAGAUAAA